CACUUAUAACACUUUUUUGUUAUCCAAUUCAUACUAAUUAUGGGUGUAUCCGUGUAAAAAUUUCGGCGUAAUCACCUAUCUGAAUCAUCCUUAAAGUUUACAAAUAUCAGAGCGUACCAGUUCGUUGUAGUAUCAUUGAUAAAUGUUUUGCAGUCUGUUAUUACAUCAAAAUCGUAUCACCUAUAUCUGUCCUUAAAUUUCGCUGAUGUCUCUACUUCCAUAUUCUUCAUUUAAAAUUUCUUUCAGUUUUCCCUACUAAUGAAUUUAUUGUAUCAUUCUCUUUUUCUUUAAAAAGAUUCGUUUGUGAAGUAAUAUUUCAGGGUAUAUCCUGCAAAAAUGCCUGCCGUAAGAGGAGAUGGAAUGCGCGGCUUGGCUGUGUUCAUUUCCGAUAUUAGAAAUUGUAAAAGCAAAGAAGCGGAAAUAAAGAGAAUUAAUAAAGAAUUGGCCAACAUCCGUAGUAAAUUCAAAGGCGAUAAAACUUUAGACGGUUACCAAAAGAAAAAAUAUGUUUGCAAACUGCUGUUCAUAUUUUUACUUGGACACGAUAUUGAUUUCGGUCAUAUGGAAGCAGUUAAUCUUCUGUCGUCAAAUAAAUAUUCUGAAAAACAAAUAGGUUACCUUUUCAUAUCCGUGCUCGUUAAUACAAAUAGCGAUCUCAUCAAAUUAAUUAUUCAAAGUAUUAAAAAUGAUUUAUCAUCAAGAAAUCCAAUUCAUGUCAAUCUUGCUAUGCAGUGCAUCGCCAAUAUUGGUAGUAAAGAUAUGGCGGAAGCUUUUGGUUACGAUAUACCGAAACUCCUUGUUUCUGGAGAUACAAUGGACGUUGUAAAACAAUCAGCCGCUUUAUGUUUACUUCGAUUAUUUGCUACGUAUCCAGAAAUAAUUCCCGGAGGAGAAUGGACUUCUCGUAUUAUUCAUCUUCUAAAUGACCAACAUCUUGGUGUAGUCACUGCAGCUGCUUCUUUGAUAGAAGCGCUGGUCAAGCAUAACCCCGAUGAAUACAAAGGGUGUAUUAGUCUAGCAGUAUCGAGAUUAUCUAGGAUUGUCACCGCUAGCUAUACGGAUUUACAAGACUACACGUAUUACUUUGUACCGGCUCCGUGGCUUUCGGUAAAACUUCUUAGACUUCUUCAAAAUUAUCCUCCUCCUGAGGAUCCGGGCGUUCGUGGCAGAUUGAAUGAAUGUUUGGAAACGAUUUUGAAUAAAGCGCAGGAGCCUCCUAAAUCAAAAAAGGUUCAACAUUCCAAUGCUAAAAACGCGGUACUAUUUGAGGCAAUAAGUUUAAUUAUACACAAUGAUAGUGAACCCAAUCUGUUAGUUAGAGCAUGCAACCAAUUAGGACAGUUCCUUUCUAAUAGAGAAACUAAUUUAAGAUAUCUAGCUCUAGAAUCAAUGUGUUUGUUGGCGAAUUCCGAAUUUUCGCACGAAGCGGUGAAAAAGCACCAAGAAGUUGUUAUUCUUUCGAUGAAGAUGGAAAAAGACGUGUCGGUUAGACAGCGUGCUGUAGACUUACUAUAUGCUAUGUGCGAUAAAACAAAUUCUGAAGAAAUCGUUCAAGAAAUGCUGAACUACCUUGAAACGGCUGAUUAUUCUAUAAGAGAAGAAAUGGUAUUAAAAGUUGCUAUAUUGGCCGAAAAGUACGCCACCGAUUAUUCAUGGUACGUCGACGUAAUCUUGAAUUUGAUACGAAUAGCUGGAGACUACGUUUCCGAAGAAGUUUGGUACAGGGUUAUACAAAUCGUGAUUAAUCGCGACGAUGUGCAAGGAUAUGCAGCAAAAACAGUAUUCGAGGCUUUACAAGCUCCAGCGUGUCACGAAAACAUGGUCAAAGUAGGAGGUUACAUUUUAGGAGAGUUUGGUAAUUUAAUAGCCGGCGACCAACGUUCAGCUCCUAGUGUUCAGUUUCAGUUAUUACAUUCCAAAUAUCAUUUAUGUUCUCCGAUGACGCGCGCUUUGUUACUCUCGACGUAUGUUAAAUUCGUCAACUUAUUCCCCGAAAUUAAGGGUAUGAUACAAAGCGUUUUUACGCAAGAUAGUAACAUUAGAAGCGCCGAUGCAGAGCUGCAACAACGUGCUUCCGAAUAUUUGCAGCUGUCAAAUAUUGUCACCACUGAUGUGCUGGCCACCGUUUUAGAAGAAAUGCCAGCAUUCCCAGAGAGAGAGUCGUCCAUUCUUGCCUUGUUGAAGAGAAAGAAACCUGGAAGAGUUCCCGACACCGUUGAAGGAAAAGAAGAUAAAAGUCCAGCACCUUCUCCUAUCAAUGCUUCGCAACACGUGAACAAUAACAACUCUUCAGCUGCGGAUUUACUGGGGUUAUCGACUCCACCGACUUCUGCUACUGCACCUUCUUCGAAUGCAAACGUAUUAGUCGAUGUUCUCGGCGAUUUAUAUAAUUCGUCCACGAAUUCAGUCGGAGCCACUCAAAAUACGUACAAUCCUAAGAAAUUCGUAUGCAAGAACAACGGAGUUUUAUUCGAAAAUGAAUUAAUACAAAUCGGAGUCAAAUGCGAAUUUAGACAAAAUCUUGGGAGAUUGAGUUUAUUCUAUGGAAACAAAACCUCCAUACCUUUACAAAAUUUCGGAGUUGUUGUUUCUAGCUUACACGAAUGGAUAACGAAACUGAAUGUGCAAAUAAAAUCUGUCGAUUCAGCAUUGGAAGCUGGAGCUCAAGUACAGCAGUUAUUAAAUGUCGAAUGUUUAGAAGAUUAUAAAGAUACGCCUAAUGUAGCCGUCUCUUUUGUGUACAACAAUUCACCGCAAAAAUUAUUAGUUAAAUUACCAUUGACAAUAAAUAAAUUUUUUGAACCAACCGAAAUGAACGGCGAAUCAUUUUUUGCCAGGUGGAAGAAUCUAGGGAGCACCCAUGAUCCGCAAAAAUCUCAAAAAAUCUUUCGAGCUAGUCAACCAAUGGAUUCGGCUGCAACACGUACUAAACUUCUUGGUUUCGGUAUGCAACUCCUUGACGGAAUUGAUCCAAAUCCAGAUAAUUUCGUUUGUGCUGGCAUCAUUCAUACGAAAACACAACAAAUCGGUUGUUUGCUACGUUUAGAACCCAAUAAGCAAGCGCAGAUGUAUCGUCUAACGGUUAGAUCUAGUAAAGAAUCCGUUUCUGUGGAAAUUUGUGAGUUACUGGUCGAUCAAUUUUAAGUUUAUUGCCGUUGCUAAAUGGAGUCGAGACAAAUAAUAAUUUAUAAGUUUUACUCAUCGUAAUCUCAAAGACUACUUUCGACGAGAAUGGUCGUAAUUAUACAUUUCUUAUUCUAAUUUAAUGAAAAUUACGCGCUUUCUUAAUUUAUCCGUUAAUUUAUUGUAUGAAUGUACUUUUGAUACAGGCUAUAAAACCAAAUUAUUGCAUAUUAAUUGUAAUUUUUUAAAAUGAAUUGAAAGUAAAAUAUUACGUAGGAUUUUUCGUCAACUGAUAGAUCGUUAUUCCAUUAAGCUCAGCUUAAUUCGGUAGUGCUUUUUGUUUUUGUAAUUUUAGUUAAUAUCUGUUAUUUAUUGUACGUAUUUUAACUGCUAUGUUAUUCGUUUAUUUUACUGUAGUUUUUAAGUAUGAUGCUAAUAAGUUGAAAUAUGGAUGGUGAAGGCUCGUAAAAAUGAUGUACAUAAAAAAUGUAUGCGGAAUGUCAUCUCGUAGUAUGUAGUAAAUUAUUAUUCGCAUUGUUUAGACGACUGUUGAAUCGCACAUACGAUAUCAAGAUUUGCUUUUUAUACUAUAUGGAACAUGAAGAUUUUUUUUUGUAUAUUUACACUUUACCAUUCGCCAUACACUUUAUGCUGUUUCGCGUAAGGACAUUAAUCAUUUGUUUUCAUCAUUAUACCUAUCGAUAUAAAUAUGCCCGAAUAUCUCAUUGCAAAGAAUUAAUUUGAUGUACGUUAUUAUUUUAGCAACAAUUUUUAUAAUUACUCCUUACCUCUUUAUGUACAAACCAAAAUACAUAUAAUGCGAUACGUAAACAUAAUUAUUUUAUACCUAUUACAUUGAUAUCUGUCGUACUUGUUUUGUGCUUCUUUUUUUGUUUCGCAGAUAACCUGCUACGUUCCUGUCUAGAAAUAAUAUUUAAUACUUUAUAUCCCAUGGUCCAAAUGUGAAAGAAAAAGAAAUGAUUUAUUACGAUGUAUCCUCGUACAUUGAAUGAAAAUAGGUACAUAUGUAUUUCGUCGACGAAUAUAUUGUAUUUACUUUCAUUAAAUUGGUAAACAAAAUUAUACGUUAGAAACAAUAAAUCUUUCUGUUGAAUA